UAUAUAAUAUCGACAACAGCCUAGCAAGCACUUCCGCAAACACACGACCAACUAAGCUAAUAGUAACCAGCUAUUGUCGAAUUCCUUGCCCCCAUAGAGCAGCAGAAGAUACCCAGAAAUGGAUACCUCCACAGCAAGGCCUCACUUUGUGCUCGUCCCAUGGAUCGGAAGCAUCAGCCACAUCGCCCCCUUGACGGACAUCGGCUGCCUCCUCGCCUCACAUGGAGCGUCGGUCGCCAUCAUCACGACGCCCGCCAACGCGUCGCUCGUCCAGAGCCGUGUAGACCGCGUCACGCCGCUCGGCGCGGUGAUCGCGGUCACCGCGAUUCCCUUCCCGACCGCCGAAGCAGGCCUGCCGGACGGGUGCGAGAGGCUGGACCUGAUCCCAUCCCCCGCCAUGGUGCCUGGCUUCUUCAAGGCCAACAAGAAGUUCGGCGAGGCGGUGGCGCAGUACUGCAGCCGGGACGCCCCACGCCGACCGAGCUGCGUCGUCACCGGGAUGUGCAACACGUGGACGCUGCCCAUGGCGCGUGAGCUCGGCGUGCCAUGCUACAUCUUCCACGGCUUCGGCGCGUUCGCCUUGCUGUGCAUCGAUCACCUCUACAGGCAAGGGCGGCACGAGGCGAUCGCGUCCGCAGAGGAGCUCGUGAACAUCUCGGUGCUGCAGCAGCCGUUCGACUGCAAGAUCCUCGGCAGGCAGCUGCCUCCCCAUUUCCUGCCGUCCACUUCCAUAGGGAGCGGGCUGAUGCAAGAAGUCCGGGAGUUCGACCUGGCCGUGGACGGCGUCGUGGUGAACAGCUUCGACGAGCUGGAGCACGGCUCCGCGGCGCUUCUCGCAGCGGCCGCAGGCAAGGAAGUCCUCGCCGUGGGGCCGGUCUCUCUGUGCUGCGCGCCUGCUCUCGACCCGCAGGGCGACGACGCGAGGCGGUGCAUGGCGUGGCUGGACGGCAAGAAGGCCAAGUCCGUGGUGUACGUGAGCUUCGGCAGCGCCGGGUGCAUGCCGCCCGCGCAGCUCAUGCAGCUCGGCAUGGCUCUCGUCUCGUGCCCAUGGCCUGUCAUGUGGGUUAUCAAAGGCGCCGAAUCGUUGCCCCACGAUGUCAAGGAGUGGUUGCGUGACAACACCGACGCCGACGGCGUCGCGGACAGCAAGUGCCUUGUAGUGCGUGGGUGGGCACCGCAGGUGGCCGUGCUCGCGCACCCGGCGGUGGGCGGGUUCAUGACGCACUGCGGGUGGGGAUCGACUCUGGAGAGCGUCGCCGCGGGCGUGCCCAUGGUCACCUGGCCUCUGUUCGCCGAGCAAUUCGUCAACGAGAAGCUGAUCGUGGACGUGCUCGGCAUCGGGGUGUCCGUCGGCGUGACGAAGCCGACGGAGAACGUCUUGACCGCUGGUAAACUUGGCACCGACGUGGCGAAGGCGGAAGUCGAAGCGGAACAAGUGAAGAGCGCUCUGGAGAGGCUGAUGGAUGAAGGUGAUGAAGGAGAGGGCAUAAGGAGGAAGGCUCUGGAGCUCAAGGUGAAAGCAAACUCUGCUUUGGAGAAGGGAGGAUCGUCGUACAACAAUUUGGAGAAAUUGAUUCAGUCUUCUGUUUGAAAAAUCUAUUACCUAUUGAAUUGAGAAUAAUUUUCUUUGCA